GGAAGGAGCUUCCAAGAAACCGUUGGGCUUCGAUAUAAUUACCGCAACGCUGUUUGUAUAUCGGCGCGGUUACUGCCGGCGUGGGUGUUGAAACGGCAUAUGUGUAAACAGCAAUAAAACACGUAGUGCGGUCCCGGAUAGGUAACCGCCUCCCCACGACAGCGUAAACGGGUGUUCCCUGGAAAACCAUCGAUGGGCGGGGUUGGACCGACUUUUAGAUUCUCGUGUCAAAUUAAACAUCCUUCGUUGGAGAACUGGAUGCACCGAAGUCGCGGCGAGUCUGUGCCCUAAUCGACAGGGUACCGUUACAUGGUCUCUAUCAAUCUGACGACGAUUACAUCAGUGCAAAUUUGUUCAUUCUGUUUUGUACGGCAAUAGAAAAUAUUUUGAGUAAAAUUUAACGGAGUACUUUUCUUUUAUUGCAUAUUAAUAAUUUUUUUUACGUUUAUUAAAAUAUAUAUACAUAUAUUAGGCUGUAGUAUUCGGUGGAAUUUUCAACAUUUGUCGAGAUAAAAGACAAAAGCGUGAAACUACGGGAUUUUACAAAACACUCCGCUUCUUUCAUCCUGGAUGCUCGAAAGGAUUUACGAUGCAGCCAAGCGAUUAUCCCACUCAGGUUCAAAGUUUCCUCGAGGAUGCGAAAAAUCAUGGAUACCAUUUACAUCAAUGUCAGGAGUACUGGUGGAUGUUUCCGACUGAUGAAACAUUAUCUGAGAUGUGCACGAUGAAGCGUAUCUACGGAUUUACGAACGUCGUCGUUCCGGGGAUGCUGCGCGCUGAUAUUUCCGGGCCGGUCUUCUGUCAGGCAUCGAGCUCUUGGUCAACGUCUGCGAUCAGUUACAAAACCCCGCAUUACGAGAAGCCCCCGUAUUCUUAUAUUGCUUUAAUAGCGAUGGCCAUCAAUUCGUCGUCGAAACGUCGACUGACGCUCUCCGGAAUUUAUCAGUUCAUCAUGGACAAGUUCCCUUAUUACAGGGAAAAUCGGCAGGGCUGGCAGAACAGCAUAAGGCACAAUCUUAGCCUGAACGAUUGCUUCGUAAAGAUUCCGCGAAAUAAAAUGAGCGUGGACAAUGACGAAGAUCAUACGGCUGGAAAGGGAAGCUAUUGGACGCUGGAUCGAUCCGCCAGUGAGAUGUUCGAAUACGGCAAUUACAGACGAAGGAGAACGAGACGGCAGCGGACCUUUGCUCAAGAGAAGCAGAAGUCUGCGGAAUUGUCGGUGUCGGCCGAAUUUUUACCCAACUUGGGAAAACGCCAAGAGAAACUUCAACAACAAAAUAAAGUUAAUGAGAUAAAUGAGGGAAACGCCAUGAUAAAAGAUAACAAAACCGAAUAUACGGGUUCUCCAGAACAUAUUGCCAAAACAGUGACAUUUAGCAUCGACAACAUUCUACGGAAAUUUACAAGAUAGUCGCAAAUAUAUUGUAGUUUUGCGACAUAUAUGUCUUUUAUUAAAAAAUGGCUUUGGUAACAUUAAUAUAAUAAUAGUACUCUCUCUUGACAACACAUACACAAACACAAACACAUACACACACACUUACACGCAAUCAAUAAAUUAUGAAAUAAUACUCCAUAUUAAAAAAAAAAAAAAAAAA